AUGAUUGAGGCAAUACCUUUCUUUGUCUUAUUUGCAUUUACUCUGAUUUUAGCUUUUCUACUCUCAAAAUUUCUCUCAAAAAGUCAAACCAAAAAUGUUCCAAAAGGGUCUCUGGGAUAUCCCAUCAUUGGAGAGACAGUUAGUUAUCUUAAAGCACAAAGGCAAGACAAGGGUUAUGAUUGGUUGGAAGAACGGAUAUCGAAGUAUGGUUCUGUCUUCAAAACCUCCUUAAUGGGUUCUCCUACAGUAUUUCUCAUUGGACAAGCAGGAAACAAAUUUAUCCUUAGUUCCUCAGAUGAUGUGCUUUCUGCUAAGAAACCUCUCACCAUGAAAAAAAUAUUUGGAAGGCAAAGCUUAGUUGAACUUAGUGGACCCAGAUAA